UUACCGCUGUCCGUCUCGAUAUCCACCAAGGGCUUUCCGACCAAGGCGGUCUCGUCGAUGGCAUAAUGUAAUUUGCUAGAGCGGUUUGGAUCAGUUUGGAUCGGAUGACCUUCUUUCCAAGCUAAGCGGGGGUCUGGUUGUUAGCGUUUCCGCAGAGAUCAAUCUUGAAUUCGCUAGCGGCGCGUACUAUUAAAAUACGACCAUCCCGACUAAUCGAUACCAGACCUAGUCCAGUACGUGUACGCACCAUCAUCUCAUCUGGAAUAGAUUACAACCAACGUAAACGUAACUAGUAAACAGAAUACAAAAAAGUAUCAGUCACGUGGCCACGACUACAUACGAAUCGGGUAUCCGAUGAGCGUGCUUCUUAUCAGACAUAUAAAUUGAAAUACACGCAUUGCAAACAGUACUAUUACCUAUCCAAAGUUCAAACGCACACAUAAUGGCACUGAAAAUGUUUAAAUCCGUUAUCCUGGGAGCGCCCGCAUCCGGAAAGGGUACGAUCUCCUCAAGGAUCGUGAAAAACUUUAACCUGGAGCACAUCUCCAGCGGAGAUAAAUUGAGAUUACAGAUUCAAAACAAUACACCAAUCGGUCAGGAGGUGAACAAAUUCAUCAAAGCCGGCAAGUUGGUUGACGAUAAUCUGAUGGUGAAGUUCAUUAUGAACGAGAUAAAUACCGUUAGCAACAAACCAUGGCUUCUGGAUGGGUUCCCCAGGACUUUGUCCCAAUGUGAAGCUCUUUGGGAGAAGGAGAAGAUAGAUUUCGCUGUCAAUCUUGUAGUACCUUUCGAUGUUAUUAUCGAUAGGGUGAAGAACCGUUGGGUGCAUCUUUCGAGCGGUCGCGUUUAUAACAUUGACUUUAACGCGCCCAAAGUUCCAGGUAAAGAUGAUGUUACCGGGGAAGAUCUGGUGCAAAGGGAAGACGAUAAUCCGGAGGUAGUCAAGAAGCGUCUGGAUUACUAUGCGCAACUUACGCAACCCGUCAUUGAGUUCUAUCGGAAGAAGGGUAUCCUGCAGGAUUUCGAAGGCAGGACUUCAGAUGAGAUUUGGCCAAAGGUGUUGGAAGCCAUGUCGGCUCAUGUUCCUCUCAACAUAACGAGCCAAAGGAGCCAGCUUUAAAUCAACAAUCUUUCUUUUAUUACUUCCGUUUCCUUGAUGUUGUUUUUAUAUAUAUUUUUUAUACAUUCAAUAAAUUAUUUUCAGAGAUGUAAUAUGAUAUAGCUGAAAGUGUAAAUGAUGAAAAUAAAUUAAUCUGAAUUAGA